UAAGAUUUCAUCUUGAGUUUCAAAGUAGCCAUAGAAGAUAUACACAAAGAAUAAUUAGUCAGAAACUUGUUUAUCUAUAUAUGCAUCAAUAGUCAAAUCAUCAUUAAUUGCCUAUUGGCUAUUGUAUAUUCACUAUAUUCUUAAUAUAUAUACAUAUAUAACUAUACAAAAAUUCUAAACUUUCAUCCUCAUCAACAAAAUAUCAAAGAAACAUUCUUUGCAUAGUUUGCAUAGUUCAGAUUCUGCUUUUGUCGUUUCGAUUCGUUUUUUUUAUUGAUUGAAAGAUGGGAGGGUGUUUUUCUUCAAGAUCACCUUCAGCAUCAAAGAAAAUUUGUUUGGUUCAUCUAAGUGGCUAUGUAGAGGAUUUCGAGCAACCGAUUUCGGUUAACCAAGUAAUCACUACUAGAAAUCCACCAACUCAUUUUGUUUGUACCUCUCUUCAACUUCUUUCAUCUUGUUCUAAACCAUUGAAAGGAGAUACACAGCUUCAACCAGGAAAUGUGUAUUUCAUGUUGCCUUACUCAAUUCUACAAGCUGAUGUUUCGCCCGUGGACUUGGCUUCGCUAGCGAAAAGGCUCACCGCGAAGGCGAAGAGUAGUAAGUAUGAAGGUAAAAAGUCAUUGAAAGGUAUUCCUUUGUCAAACCAAGAUGGUUUGAAUAGUAUUUGGAGUUCACCAUCGAUGAGCCCCGGGAGAGUCACGGGGGUUGAUCAAUUCGGUAUGGCGUAUGGUGGACGGAGCACAUGUAGAGGGCGGUUAUGGAGACCGCUGUUGGAUACUAUUAGAGAGAAGUCGUUUAAUAGGAGUAGUGAAUCAGAUUUGAAAGAAAAUCAAUGAAAUUUGCUUAAUGUUCUUGGAUUGAGGUAAUACAAGAAAGAGAAAUAAGGCAUGUUAGGUUGUUCGAUGAAUCUGUUGAUUGAAUGAAAAAGAAAAAUUGAGAAAAAUUUCUUUUGAAUGUUUCUUCUGUUUUAUAUUUUUAUUUCAGUUUGUAGAUUUCAUUAUAAGUGUUUGUUAGAAUUGGAUUCAAGUUAAGUCAAAUAUAGGAGACAUUGUUUCUCUUGCAUAAUCUUGCAUUUACUCGAAGUAAAGUAAAUAAUCACAAUCGUUAAUUUAAUGAACUGUAAUUAAAAUUUAUAAGAUUAAAAGAAUUUUCUGUCUGUAAAAUUUGUAAUAUUUUUGGUACAAUGUGAAAUUUAUAUAUUGGAUGAUUAUAAUAUACAAAACAUAUAAAUUUUAACCAUUCAAUAUGAUACAUAGUUUAUGGCCUGCAUAAUAUAAAGACUUUUGAGGUCUUUGCAACAGCCUAGACAGCAUUUUCAUGCAUUUUGUUUUGUAAUGUAAAAAUCCAAUAGCAUAAUUUAAAAAUAUGAUAUGAUAUUUAAAGUCUAAAGGAAAGGAAAG